AGCCCAACCCCAAGCGCCGGGUUUUCGUCGCCCCUUCGUCCCAUUUCUUCCUGGCCCGCCCGCCCUCUCCGCUCCUCUGCCUCCUUCGCCCUUAUUCUCUCUCCUAUUUUGCCUGCCCUACCGCGUUGCCGGCUCUCCUCCGUCUUUCCCGCGAAUUUUGCGACUGUUUCACUGCUCAUCCCAGGUCUUGAGGUCUCCAAAUUCCUAUUGUCCCGGACUCUGACUUCAGUUCUUUUCGGUUACGGCUUUUUUCGGAUUCCCGCUCCUUGCCCAGAGUUCUACAAUGGCGGGGAGACCUAACAACAGGUCAAGCCAAACACAGCCGAUGCCGCCGGCCGCACCACGCCAGAACGAGUACUUCGUCCCUCGCGAUGGCAUCGACCGGGAAGUCAUCACAUCGGACAUCUGCAGAUACCUGGGAAAUGACGCGUUGGUGCGCCCCGGGACGUAUGAGUCACCAGACGGUCGUGUUACACAGGGCUACUUCAUCACGGCGUACCGCAACUUGACAUCUGCGAUGAUCCAAGAUCUCAAGGCCGACUCCGCUCGGUGGGAGCAGGAGAGGCGUGCCGCGGCUAGGUCUUCGGGCGGAGGUACAAUGCACUUGAGCCACCCGAAUGGCAUGUUUAUGAAGCGGAACUCUAACUCGCCCGUAGGCUCCCGGGAUCAGCCUCGUGGGCAGUCUGAUUACAGUGCGUGGAAGAACCUCCAGCGGGAACAACAGGAAUACGAAGCCACGUACGGAUCUGCCAUGGACAUUGACUAUGCUCCCCCUCCAGGCGCUGCCGGGAAUUCAGUUUAUGCAAGCCAGCCAUACGCAGGAGCGCCUCCCGCGAGUUAUUCCACGGCCGCGUAUCCCCCUCCAGUUCACGCCGGUGCUCCGUCUCAGUACCCAGCCCAGCCGGCCUAUGGAUAUCCGCCUAAUCCCCCUCCCACGCAGUACUCUCCGCAGCCCCAGAAUCCCGGCGACAGGUAUGCCGCGAUUCCGCCGCCUCCCGUUCCAGGGUCAUACCAGGACGCUGCAUUUGUUCAUGGAUCGAAUUAUCAGACGGCCGCACCCGGGUAUGCUACGACCGGGCCGCCUAGGAUGCCACCAGCCAUGCCGCACACGUCUGCUGCGCCAUCUAGGACUUUUAGUGCCCCUCCAGUCAGCACGCCUGUCUACGGAACAGAGCCAGAUCCAUACGGGUACCCGCCCGCGGGAAACCCCGCUGCCCAAGCUUUUCCAACGGAUGCUCUGUACGGGCGCGGUCCGGGUGCGUAUACUACAGCAGCAGCCAAACCUCCCGGGACUUCGUCUGAUAAGCUAGGUUCACCCGCAGGUACAACACAACGGCAAGGUUACCCAGCCCCUCCAGAACCUCAGUAUGAUGACGUCAGGAAUUCUGGACUCCAGUCCGCCACAACACCUACCAGUGUUGCCCCGGCUCAGUCGGCAAGCAGUGUAGCGGCCCCCGCGCGCCGUGACCGUGACUCGGAGCCAAGGGAACGAGAGCGGGAGCGAGACCACAGGGACCACAAGGCCCGCCGCACGGAACAGGAGCGUGAUGACAGACACGCAGACCGGAACCGUCACCGUCACCGCUAAUGGUCACCAGCCUCAGGAUUUGGAGCCCUACAGCCCUGCACUUCGCCACGAUACUUGUCGAUCUCACGGACUUGUCCGAUGUUCAUUCUUAAUAGCAUGGCCUUGGCAUUGGCCAUUUUUUGCGUUUUUCUUUACUGAUUUUUCGCUUUCCGGGGCUCGCUACUUUCGACCUUAAUGGCCAUCAUCCAUGGAUAGACCAGGGACAGGAGAUG